UGAACACUAGUCAAAGAUAUUCAUAAGAACUUCACAAAGACAAUCAUGAAACGACUUUUACCAGCUAAAAGCUAUCUAUAUUUCACUCUGAAAGUAAAACUCGGCUCUGAAGAGUCAUUCAAAGCGAUGAUCCAGUUCAUGGAUCUGAUGGGAGAAGUCACACUUAGAUACCAGUUCGACCAGGUUCAUAUCAAAAUGGAGGAGUUCACUAAAGGUAUUUGAAAUUUGUUCCUCCAGAAGUACAUAGAGAAAGGAUUCAAUAAAUAAAGCAAUUGUCUUCAAUUAUGAUAGAUUGCUCUAUGAAAUGACCACUGCAUUCGAUAUCAAAAUGAGAUAUAUCCAUUUCGAUUCAAGUGAAGUUAAGGAAAACUUCUAUUCUGAAAACUUUGCUUCAAAGAAGUUUUUAGCAGGAUGCGAAGAAAUCGAGAAAUGAUAUGUUCAUAGCUUGAAUUAUCCUUUGGAAUUAUUAAAUAUGAACUUUAAUUGGAUAUCUAUAAAUCCUAAGGUGCUUAGUGAGUCCUCCGUAGAACUCAUGGAGUAUAAAUUUAGAAACGAAAACUGUAAAACCCUUGAAUUUCACCAUCAGGAAUAUUUAAGAGGCAGAAUUGGAAGAAGACCUCAUGAGCUUAGCAAUGAGGAAUUCUCUAGCUUGUUCUCUGAUCUUGAUGAAUUCUCAUCUAAUUUACCUAAUCUUGAGAACUUCUACACUAAAUAUGUUAAGUGUUUCAAGUAUAUUGUUUCUCAGCAAUUCUUUCAGGAAAAUGAAAACUAUCAGAAUUUAUCAAAAAUCAAAAAUUUUACUUUUGAAUCUGAGAUUGAUUAUGACAGAGUUUGUUUGGACUUUAAGUGUCCUAAAGCUGAGAUAAUUUAUCAAAAUUCAGAAGAUUCACAUGUUUCUGCCUUCACAAUCUCAGACAUAGAGUUGAAACUCAUGCCUGAUGAAUUCUGAUAUGACUCUGAACACCAGAUUUUGGUGUUGGAGAAAGCUCCAAGUGCUUUGAAAUUUAAAAAUAUCAGAAUAUGUAAAGAUGAAAUGAAGAUUGCAGAGUUGGCAGACAAGAUUGAAGGCAAGGUUUACCUGAAUGUUGUAAUAAACAGUCCACUUCUGAAGCCUGAAGGAGAUUUAUCCGCUUACGGAUAUCAUUUGAACGGACAUCUUAAGAAAACUCCGCUAGUAACAUACAAGAAUAUAAUAUCAGAAAGUAGACCCCACUACAUCUUUAAUGCUUUUGUUGAGCCGGAUAAAUCAGAUGCUUUAGGGAUUUCCAAAGUUUGUAAACUCCACUUAUCGAAUAUCAUAAGAUCUGUAUCAAAUCUUCCUACAAACGGAGUAGUGUCUAUUUACAUCCAUGCUUAUUUUGUCUUUGUGGAUUACUGGUCAUCUACUUAUACAAUAUCCGAUCAGGCAGAGACAAUAAGAAAUCGUAAAGGGAAGAUAGCGAAAGAAAUCACUAGAAUUGAUGCUAAUGAGGAUCUUUGUACCUUGAUUGAUAAGCUUAAGGGAAUUAAUUUAUAUGAAUUUAGAUGUGAAAGUAUUAUUGAUAAUGAUGCAGUUGUUCAGAAGUUCUGCGAACUAUGACGUACUAAUCCAUCUAUCCGAGAUAUUGAGCUCAACCUAGAACAUGCUAACCAUGGAAUGCAGAUCCUGGAAUCCUUAAAAUACAAUUACAUCAUCAAGACUGUCAGAUUGAUGACCCAAGAAGCCAUCAAGGUUCCUUCUCAAAGUAUAAAGUCUAGUAAGCCCAAGAAAUCUAAAAAGAAGAACAAAGUUGCUCAGAAGCCUGAGUCUGCAGAGUCAAUACAACUGUACAGUGAAAUAAUUUCUUACUGUGAUGAUUUCAGAAGGAAGAGAUUGGGGACUGAAAUAAUGCUAAACACUAACCACAAGAAAUAUAAGCCAUGAGAGAGAAAAGGAUUCAAUUUGAGUUACAGAUAA